GCAAUAAAACCAGAUCAACCAUUGAAAAGUGGCGAUUAACAAUAAAAUCCCAUUUAAGGUCCGCACAAUACGCCAUUAAAUUAUCAAAUGAUGAAAGUUUCAAGAGCCCUUUGCCAGUUGGAGCCGAUGAAAGCGGAAUGAGAGAACGAAAAUGGAUCUAAAAUGGGCAAUAUUGUGUGUUUUGACGCUUGGUGCGGCUCUGCUCGAAGGCUCAAAAGGCCAAAAAACGUGCCCGAUGCCCAAAUCCAUCCUGCCCUGUAGGUGCUUGAUUCGCGGAGAAGAAUUCCAGAUCUGGUGCACGCACAGCGAUCUUCCAAGCGUUGUGGACGGUUUGAGGGCAACUGCCAAAUUCAUCCAGGAACCCAUCGAUGAACUGAUUCUGGAAAACAACCUCCUGCCCGCUCUUCCUGGCAGAAGUUUCGUCCAUCUUAAGAUUCUAAGGCUCAUGCUGCGCCACAACGGUCUGGAAAGAGUGUCCAACGAUUGGCUUGGCGGCCUGGAAACCACUCUAAUGGAGCUUUUCAUUGUCGAACCGAAACUGCGAACAAUGCCAGAAGAUUCUCUUGCGCAACUGAUCGCUCUACAAGCAGUCACCAUUGAAACCAACGAGAUGAAACGGUUGCCGAUGUUUUCUGGCCUGCCAAAACUCCGGUACUUGCAAAUCCAGUCAAGUUCCCUCUUAGAGCUGUCGCCGCGCAAUUUCAAAAACAACCCCUCAUUGGAAAAGAUUCACAUUGGCCAGAGUCCCCAGCUAAACCGCUUGGAGGCUGAAGUGUUCCGAGAUCUGCCCAGCUUGAGUUUGCUGAACAUUUCCAAUUGCGGACUCACCUGGAUGCACCAUCGAGCCAUCACGCGACUGCCCAUUCUGGAAGAAUUGGUCUUGGUGGGCAACCGCAUUAAAGACGCUGGAAUGGUCGGACGCGCCAGCCGUGAGCUGCCCCAAUUGGCCACUUUAAGACUGGACAACAACCACAUUGAUGUUCUGGGAGAAGCGGGCUUUGUGGACCUGCCCACGCUGCGUUCGCUGCAUUUGCCCAACAAUCGUAUCACUGAGCUUCACCAUGGAGCGUUCCAUCGAGUCCCUCAGCUACGCGAGCUGAACUUAAACGGCAACUUCCUCAGGAGGGUGCACCCAGAAAGUUUCCUGCAGGAGUCGGGCAGCGGAUUGGAGGAAUUGUGGCUGGUGCGCAACGAAAUCGGACACGUUGCUGACCUGAGAGCUAUUCUGGAUGCUUUGCCUAGGCUGACGUUUCUGGAUAUGAGUUACAACCAAUUGGAAGCCAUUCCUUUUGGGUCGCUUCGCGGCCACCCGACCCUGGAGCACUUCAAUCUGGACCAUAAUCGCAUUCAUCUGAUCGAUCGAGAGGCCUUUGUGGCCAUGCCGGCCUUAAGAGAGCUGAGGCUGAAGAACAACUCGCUCUCCAACCAUCUCCACCAGUACCCGUUUUGGAACCUGCCGGAGCUCAAAGGGCUGGACUUGUCCGAUAACUUCUUCAGGAAACUGGAGCCGAACUUCCUACAAGACUUGCCCAGUUUGCGCAAACUGGACCUCAGCGGCAACGAGCUCUCCUUCAUCGAUCCAGCAGCUUUUGCACUCACACCGUCCCUGGAAAACUUGAAUAUCUCCUUCAACGCCGUUUCGGCCCUGCACCCGGCGACUUUCCGCCCUUUGCUAAGCUUGUAUGAGUUGGACGUUUCCAGCAACAUCCUCGGCGAGUUUGUGCCAGGCCUUCCUAGAGGAAUCGAGUAUCUUCAUCUGAAGAGCAACGCUAUUACUCAGCUGCCUUCGGCCCCCAGUCUGGACUUGCAGCUGCCGGCGUUGAGGGCUCUGGACCUGAGCGGGAACAAAAUCCACACUCUGCCCAUCGAGGGCUUCAGCGCGUUGGCCCAACUGCGGAAGCUGCUUCUAGGCAAGAAUCUGCUGAAGAAACUGGAAGACGGCAACUUUAAGGGGCUGGCCCGACUGGAAACGCUGGAUUUGGCGCAGAAUGGCAUUGCCCGGCUCAUGCCCAAUGCAUUCAGGCAACAAACGGAGCUAAGAGAGCUAAACUUAGGCGACAACCGGCUGGAGCUGUUGAUGCAAGAAACCCUCCACUUCUCCCCGCACCUCAAGCGGCUCAAUCUCUCCAGGAACAUGCUCUCGGAAAUCCUUCCAGGGACAAUCGAAAAAAACCGGAACCUGCAAAUAAUCGACUUUUCCUACAACAAAAUAGUGAGACUGCCGCCCACUUUGAUGGGGCUGAAACACCUCAGAAUGCUGGACUUGACCUACAACCGACUAAACGCCAUCGAUCCAGAAAUACUCGGGAGCCUGCCGUCGCUCCGAAUGCUCCGUUUGUCCCAUAACUUCAUCAAGGAGCUGAAGGAGGACGGGUUUAACAAGUUGCAGCACCUCGCCGGCCUGGAUCUGGAGGAAAAUGAGCUGGAAAUCAUCCAGCCCAACGCCAUCAAAUCUCUUCCGGUUUUGAAGACGAUCAACCUGAGCCGCAACAAGAUCAGAGAGGUUCCUAAUGUGGCCUUCGUGAAUCUUCCGGCCUUGCAAGUGGUGGAGCUGCAGCAGAACCGGAUCAGAUCGAUUGCGCCCAGCGCUUUUAUGGGCGUGCCGCACUUGCUGAUGUUGAAUCUGAGCAGCAACGACAUUUCCACGUUUGAGGACGCCGGAUUAAGAGGCGCCAAGUCGCUGGAGUUGCUCGAUGUCAGCCACAACGUGAUCAAAUCGGUGUCCAGCAACAGCUUGGAAAAGAUGGAAUGGCUGGUCGAACUGCGAAUAGACAGCAAUCAAAUAUGCGGCGUGCAGGGAUCGCCGUUCAACAACAUGCCCCGAUUGCGCGUCCUGAGCAUGCGAGACAACCAAAUGAUGUCUUUCCCGGAAAGAGCCAUCGAGCGUGUCCGCAGGAACAUCGCCCUUUUGGACAUUGAAGGAAAUCCGCUGGCGUGUUCUUGCAACAUGGUCUGGCUGCAGGCCUGGUUGCAGGAACGGACGGCUAAAGGGCCGAGAUGCGUUGAUGGCUAUCUACUGAGCGACCUGCAUAUGCUGCGCGCCAACUGCCCAGAAGAGGAGCGCAACAUUGAGCUGGUGGCUCCUGGUUGCGAGGCUGAGCUCCUGUCUGCACCUGGAGUUUAUGGCACAGCACAGGUUCUCUCCCAGUGGAUGAACCUCAAGGCAAUAAACGGUUCGGAGAAUGCGUUGGCGCUCGCCCCUGAGCGCUCGGACUAUUUCGACUAUGAUGAUUUUGUGGAUUAUCCGUACAACGAGACCGCUGUGCAGCUGCAGGAAAUCACCAACUCUAGCGAGAAAGCUUUAAAUUCGCCGGAUGUUACAGCAGGAGAUACCCCCACUCUGUAUGCUUCUCAGAAAAACAAACUAAUCGAAGUUCCGAAGACUGUAACCAACUCCCCAAGCAGUAGCGGUUUUACGUUCUUCGGCGUGCCGCUGCCCAACAUAGGCAAACUGCUCAGCGGCGCGGUGAAGAAUCGAGGCGGCAUGAAGGCAGAGUCGAUCCGCAUGGACGAUCGAGUGGCGAUUGUUAACAAGCCCACGAAAACGCCCCCAACUUUCCCCAAAUUCGAAAUAGGUAACUCUACGAUCUGCGAUUGUUGCAGUGACUCAAAUGCCAUUUCAGGGGGGUUUGUGCCGAUGAUCCCGGGAGAACUGGGGGGCUUCAAGCCCAUCAGCAACCCAUUAGGGGAACUGAGUACUAAAAGCAGCAUAGAAAAUGAUGCAUCUACCAUUGAGCUCUCAGUGGCUGCCACAGGAAAACCGCCGCAAAGAACACCAUCAACAGUGCCUACUUUAGAACCCGCGCCACUCCCUGAUAGUUCCGAAAACACUAAGAAAAAUUCGUUUGGACAUCCUCCACCAAGCUCCACAGAGGCCAUUGCAGCAUCUUCUACUCAACGCCAAGAAUCUACUACUGUUGCCACCACUGAAAGCCUGCCAGAGACCACUCAAAGCAGUGAGGAGUCGACGACAAUACUGAAAAUUGAGUCUACAACAAUUCUGGAGGCUCCAAAGCCUGCGAAGCAAACCGAAGAAGUCAAGUCUAUUCCACAAACCUCCUUCCUGAUCCCCGGAGGGCAAUCUCCAAAGAAAAUGGCCACUAUUACCAAGAUUCCCUCCUCAAGUUUGCCGUCUUCUGCCAGCGCUCCUCUGCGAUCCGAAGACACGCUGCCGCCGAUGGCGCACAAUCGGGAGCCGAAGAAGAUGCUGCCCAUCGUCCAGACUGAAAGUGCUCCUAAUGAGGACCUCAAUUGGUACUUUGCCACGUACAACAAUUCCAACGUGGGCUUUUCACAUGCUGUUGCGCGCCCGACUUUGCCUGGGAGCGCCUUGUACAUCUUCAUACCCUGGGUGCUUGUAAAUUACGCAUUUUUAUUAUAAAAUUUUAGCCACUAAUACAUGUAGUAAGUAGUAAGUUUAUCAGUGCUUGCAAAUUAAAACCAACCUGACAAAAA